CAGCAACGAGGAAGCAAAACAAAAUAUAAGGGUUAAUUACAAUGUUAGCAUGAUCCAGCAGGAUGGAGUCCGUCACCAUUUCUGCCGGAGUGCUGGGAACAUGAAGGAUGCUUACUGGGCAGAACCAUCUAAAAGAUAAGAUGAGAGAGACGGCAAACAUUAGUGAUGAGACAGAGGCACAGCUCAGUCCAGUUUCACACAGGGAGAAGAGGAAUUCAAACUUGGACGUUGCUCUGUAUAUUUAACAGAUUGUGAUUUUGAGUUCUUGGCCGAAAAGCAACAUGAAGUACAGGACGGUGGUGAUGUACAUGGAGAUUGGCUGCUUCGUGUCCUGCCUGUGUGGCUGGAUCCUGGUGUGCUCUACUCUUCCCACUGAGUACUGGACCUUCUCUGAGGUCGGCAGCAUUGUGCUGACCACCUCCAACUACUACUCUAACUUGUGGAAGGACUGCAUCUCAGACACCACGGGGGUGUCUGACUGCAAGGAUUACCCUUCAAUGCUGGCCCUGCCUGCCUUCCUGCACGCCUGCAGAGCACUCGCUGUCUGUGCCGUCAUCACUGGCUUCUUCGGAGGCGUCCUCACACUCGUAGGGAUGAAAUGCACCAAAAUAGGCGGAUCAGAGAUUGCCAACGCCAGGGUGACCUUUGCAGGCGGGAUAACCUACCUGGUUUCAGGAUUCUGCGGCAUGAUCACCUACUCAUGGUGGGCCAACAAAGUCAUAACAGAAUUCGUGGAUCCUAAUUUCAGGGCACAGAAGUUUGAACUUGGGGCUGCAGUGUUCGUUGGCUGGGGAGGGUCCCUCCUUCUCCUCUCUGGAGGGACAGUGCUGAGUUACUUCUCUGGAAAAGAAGGCCUGCCAUCAAGUUCUCCUAAAGGACCACGGAGGCCACCCACUUACGCCACUGCCCGCACCAGACGGACCUACAUGCUGCCGGCCUCGUCGUCCAGGGUGACUCUGGUGCCGCCGCUGUUUUACGAAGGCAGGAAGAGCCGAGCAACCAGAGCGACCACGAAGACCGGUCGCACCUUCAGCAGGGACAGCUUCGUCUGAGCCAGAGGCGAACUCUGAGCUGAGAAAGUGACUUUAAAGACUGUAAAGGAAUGCUUUUUGAUAUUUGGAGAAAAAUGCUAAUUUGCUUUCUUGUCGAGAUGAGAAGUUCAAUACCACUUUCAUGCAUCUAUGUUCACUGUAAGGGUGAAGCAGCAAAGGUCUAGCUUAGCUUGGCAUAAAGACUGAAGGCAGGGAGAACAACAUCAGACUACCAGCACCUUUAAAGCUCCCCAUCUUGUUGUGUAAAAUUGGCUGUUUGUUUUUUGCUGGCAGUACUACCAUACACCACCUACAAGGCGAGGAACAUGUGACUGAUUGGUUUUUGUAUGAAUUAAUUAGUGAGCCUUGGACAUUCAGGUAUAGUUCCAGACAGCGCCAAGCUAUGUCCUAUCUUUAUGCUAAGCUAAGCAGCUUCUGGCUGUAGCUUUAUAUCUUGCGUCCGGGCAUGAGAGUGGUAUUCAGUGGUAUUCUCAUCUAUCACUCGGCAAGAAAGCAAAAUACUAUCACUCUGAAGAAGACAUGCUUUGCUGCACCUUGUUAAAAGCUCUGUGCUCCAGAUCUGCAAUAAGUCUGUUGUUUUCUGUAAACCUUUUCUACUUAUGGCUGUUUUCUGUCUUUCAUCAGGGAGCAUUCACUGUCUGUUGACCCUCUGUCUACCUGCACGCUUCAUUCUUUUCAAACAGGCCGAAGGGUAUAAAAAGAAAUACAGCUCUUAAUGCAGAUAGACAGCAUCGUUGCAUGUUAUACGACUUGGUAUUUGUUUACAAAUCUGUUCAAAUCAAAAAUCUAAUAACACAUUUAUUUAUUUCUGUGACAGCACAACUCCCCAUAAAAACCCAGUUCCUCAUUUCACACACAGAGUCAGUGUCAUGUCUGAGUUGCUCCUGAGAAUUUGGUGGUGGUGGAAGACGUUUUCAAAUCAUUUACUUAUGGAAAAGGAACAAAUCUAUAAACACUAUGAAACUCCAUUCAUUUAAGAUAAAAUAUACGACUUGUUUAUCACACGUUUUAAUUCCUCAAUGUAUUCUUCACGUUUGUUGAAAAUAUUUUUCCAAUUGGUAUGAUCAUGCUCACCGUUUUAAAUCACCCGUAAGUGAAGUCUGCAUGUCCAGCUCAGCCUUUACAUUACAUUCUUUUUAUCUGAACAGUACAACUGGAGGGCAGGACCGAAAUACACAAGUGAACGAUUGUGUGUCGUUGUUACAGCACGCUGUUCAUUUCGGAACUCUUUUUUAGCAAGAAUUCUGUACAACAAUUUCACUGAAAUGCUCACAUAUGGGAGUCUGUGUUGUUUCAUACACUUGAAUCAAAAUUGUCAAAUAAAUGAUGUCAUUUAUCCUGAAUUUACAUAUGGCUUUACAAACAGAACUUUAUUAGACACAUGUCAUUAUUGUUUCUUUUUACUCCAAUUAUGAUGUUUAACAGACCUUUAGCUGACAUGAAAACUCCAUGAAGUCCUGCAAUCAUCGUAUUAAAGGAUAACUUUCGUUUUUUACAACUUGGACCUUAUUUCU